UUUUUUUUCUUUUGGCAUUUUAAUAGUUAUAGUUUUCUGUUAAUUCAUAACUUUGUAUUGAGUUAUAUCCCCUGUUAGUUUUGAUGUACUCAACAAACACAGCAAGAUAAAAUACCAGAUCUGACGCUAGAUUUAAACUGAUGGACUUUUUUGUUUGCGCCACAUUUAAUUCGGUCGCCAAUCCAACUUGCAUGACAGCAGGUAAACAGACCGAGGACACGCGUCAAACACAAUAGGCAUAAAUAAUUAUCAUUCCUAGAGAAGGGUAGGAAGAAAUAAAUACGUGACUUGAAAACGACGGCAACAUCCUAAUGUUUUACUUGACGCACAAUAAACUAUUGGUAUCCAAGAUGUCACUACGUAUCAGUAAAAGCAAUUUAAUGAGAUCAAAAUCUUUGGGAACAUUAGAUUCGCUAAAGGAUAGCGAUUUCGUUGAAUGCAAUGGUCGCUUCUGUAACUACGGGGAGGGCGACCUUCAAAGUGACUCUUCACUGGAGAUCUGCGAGAUCUUCGCCAAUAAAUCCUACGGCUCGUUGGAAGACCACCUGGAUAGCGGAUUCAUACACCUGGACCCAAGCGAAACCUCUCGAAGCGAUUCGCUCUUGGCCUUGGAGCUUAAGGUGGUCAAGUUGAGUGAAAUAUUGCAGGAACAAAACCAGCUUCUUCAAGAUCUCAAAGACGAAAUAUCAUUUUUGAAAUCAUGCUCUGUCAAUAACAGCGACCAAAAGACAGAAAUGUCAGAAUCUUCUAAUAGUGCAGUUGGGGAUACAAAGAUUGUUCUUGAUACAGACGAUCUGAGUCGAGCGCAAAGUAUGGAGACGGAUUUAAGAAAUAUAAUAACAGAAUAUCUGAAAAGCGAUGAUCUCAAAGACCAUCUCGCUGCGACGGUAGUCGAGCGUCUAAAAGAGGUGAUGAGGCAAUGUCUGUCUGAGGCCUUCAGACAAGUUUACCUGCCAUUCCUAGAGCGAUCUCAACGACGACUUCUCGCUCAUGUUUCAAGAACCUUACAUAGUGCUUUUCACGAGUUAGAAAAAAAGAGUUACUUCCUAUAUAAAUCGGUUCAUAAAUCGACCCGCAGUCUUAAAUAUGCCAUAGAAAAGCAUUUGAUGGCUCUGGAAAACGAUAGACCCACUACUGUCUUACAAUUUAUGCAGAACAAUUUGGACUCUAUUUUAAAAACUGAAGUAAGUGAAUGGAUUAAGAGUUUAUUAUCGCCCCAGCUUCCGCCUUUAUCCCAUGAGGAGAACAACUAUGAAGAAGAUCCUUUAACGACAUCGACCAGCCCUCCACAGCCGACGGAUCCAGAGCUAUCUAUUAUUGAUCAACUAAUGAAGUCAGCCCGAAUCAACAAGCAGAUAGAAAAUGGCGAGAUUAACGAGGCUUUCGAAGAAGCUUUGUCCUCGGCUGACCUGUCUCUGGUGAUGACGGCUUGUCGUGCCGCCCACCCGCAGAGAGUCUUCGAUCCUUGCCGUCUAAAACAACCUGUGCUGCUGGCUCUCAUACAACAGCUGGCCACCGAUAUGGUGCAUGACACACAACUUAAAUGCAGAUAUUUGGAGGACGCUUUAAUAAAACUAGACGUAUCAGAUAAAGUAACACGAGCACAUUUACCGUUGAUUGUAGGUGAAAUUCGUAAACAUCUUUCAAGAUUUCUUCGAUCUUAUCCUAGCCACGUCGCAGGUCGACGAAUAACCUUAAUAGUGAUGGUAGCAGACAAUUUACUUAAUAACGCAAAAUAAAUUCUAUUGACUUA